AUGUCUAGUUAUUCUAAUGGUACGAGUAAUGGUUAUUCAACUAUAGUAAUUAUUGGAGGUGUGCUCGGCACAUUAUGUUCAUUUGCUGCUUGCAUUGGAUUUAUUAUAUGCAUCGUAUGUAUAAUUAAGCAUUGUAAUAGACCAAGACAAACAGUAGGAAAUGGUAUUAUUCUUCAACAAUACCCACCAUAUCCAAAUUAUGUUCCAUACAAUUCACCUGAAUAUCCUUCAGUGAGUCCACCACCAUAUUCUAAUGAAAAAGCAAAAAAAAUUACACCACCUCGUCCUACUUCCGAUGGAAGACUUACUGAUUUAGCUUCUAUCUGA